UAUCCAAACUUCAAAUUCCUAAACCCUAAACCCCUCUUUCGUAUGCCGUAUUCAAAUCCCUAAUUACUCCAUCUCUCCCUAUUCGAUAUUGUUGCUCAUUCCGUUUGCUUCAUCAUUCCAUCAUAAUCCCGUUGGCUGAAUCAUUAUAUCACUCAAUCGCGUUGGCUCAAAUCGCUUCGUACGCAUCGAAGGGGAGAGAAUGACUUUAGAAAUUGAAGCUCGAGAUGUGAUAAAGAUUGUUCUUCAGUUUUGCAAAGAAAAUUCACUACAACAAACAUUUCAGACACUACAGAACGAAUGCCAAGUGUCUUUGAACACUGUGGACAGCAUCGAAACAUUUGUUGCUGAUAUCAAUGGGGGAAGAUGGGAUGCAAUAUUGCCUCAAGUGGCACAGCUUAAGCUUCCCAGAAAUAAAUUGGAGGACUUGUAUGAGCAGAUUGUGUUGGAAAUGAUUGAACUCCGUGAGUUGGAUACUGCCCGUGCUAUUUUGAGGCAAACACAGGCAAUGGGUGUCAUGAAGCAGGAGCAACCUGAGAGAUACUUAAGACUUGAGCAUCUCCUUGUUAGAACUUAUUUUGAUCCACAUGAGGCUUAUCAAGAUUCUACCAAAGAGAGACGCCGUGCACAAAUAGCGCAAGCUCUUGCUGCUGAAGUUUCUGUUGUUCCACCAUCUCGGUUAAUGGCUCUAAUUGGUCAGGCCCUGAAGUGGCAGCAGCACCAAGGGUUGCUACCUCCUGGAACACAGUUUGACUUAUUUCGAGGAACUGCUGCUAUGAAACAAGAUGUGGAUGACAUGUAUCCAACAACUCUUUCCCACACUAUUAAGUUUGGGACAAAAAGUCAUGCCGAAUGUGCUCGUUUCUCUCCAGAUGGGCAGUUUCUCGUAUCUUCCUCGUUCGAUGGAUUUAUUGAGGUUUGGGAUUACCUAACUGGGAAACUCAAGAAGGACCUUCAGUACCAGGCUGACGAAACUUUCAUGAUGCAUGAUGAAACUGUCCUCUGUGUUGAUUUUAGCAGAGACUCGGAGAUGCUUGCUUCUGGGUCACAAGAUGGAAAGAUCAAAGUUUGGCGUAUAAGAACCGGUCAAUGCUUGCGCCGCCUUGAACGAGCACAUUCUCAGGGUGUUACCAGUCUUUCUUUCUCUCGAGAUGGAAGUCAGUUACUAAGUACAUCCUUUGACAGCACAGCAAGAAUUCAUGGCCUAAAGUCUGGAAAAUUGUUAAAAGAAUUCCGUGGUCAUACAUCUUAUGUGAAUGAUGCCAUCUUUACAAGUGAUGGAGCUCGUGUUAUUACCGCCUCGAGCGAUUGCACAGUAAAAGUCUGGGACUUGAAGACCACAGAUUGCAUACAGACAUUUAAGCCACCACCUCCUUUGAGGGGAGGUGAUGCUUCUGUGAACUCUGUUCAUCUAUUCCCAAAAAGCACUGAUCACAUUGUCGUAUGCAAUAAGACAUCAUCAAUAUACAUAAUGACCCUUCAGGGACAGGUUGUAAAGAGUUUUUCAUCUGGGAAAAGAGAAGGCGGAGACUUUGUUGCAGCUACUGUUUCACCGAAAGGUGAAUGGAUCUACUGUGUUGGGGAAGACAGGAACCUGUACUGCUUCAGCUAUCAGUCCGGUAAACUAGAGCAUCUAAUGAAGGUCCAUGAAAAGGAUGUAAUCGGUGUGACUCAUCAUCCCCACAGAAAUCUUCUUGCAACGUAUAGUGAAGAUUGCACAAUGAAAUUAUGGAAGCCUUGAUUUUCAUUGUUAGCUUCAUCUAACUUAAAACUCUAUUUGAAUAUUUAUUUUAAUGUUUGUAUUCAUCAUAAGAGCCAUUGGGAGGGCAUGGAUUGGAACUUUGUCAAUUGAGGAUUAGGAUUUUCUCCUUUUUAUUAGACACUGUAAAACAAUUAAUGAUUUUAAAAUAGAGAACAUAGUUGUAUAGUUUGUUUCAAUA